AUGGCUUCUACUUCGAACACGUUCCCUCCAAGCCAAAGCAAUUCUUCCAACAACCUUCCAACUUCUAGACAUGCAUCCAUUGUGGAGAUGCUGUCUACUCCGCCAUUGCUGCCCCACGUUCAAGUGAACGAUACAGACGACAAGGAACAACCAGAAGAGUCCACGCCGCCAACAGCAACAGCGGCAGCGCCUGGUCCAGGUUGUGCUGCUACACCCGCCCCCUUGCGCGAUGAAAAGCCUCAAUUCAAACUAUCAGCUGUUCCUAUGACCCAGACGCCAUCGCAGUGUCUGUCAUGUGUGCACGCCCAAAAAUGGCAACACAUACCGUUGUCGCAAUUGAUCGAACAGAAUAAGCUUAUUUUUGUUCCAGGUUCCAUAUCGGUAGAGGAGGCAUUCAACACUUUGAUCAAGUAUCAUCUAAACUCUAUUCCCGUGGAAUCUUUCCCCGGCGACAUGAACUGUUUUACUUUCGACUACAAUGACCUUAAUUCGUACCUUUUGCUGGUUUUGAAUAAAAUCACCGUCAGCAACAAACAGCUUACUGCAGAUUGCCAGAAUGGAAAACCCGUACCAGUGGGCGAAAUGGUGAAACUAACUCCUAAGAAUCCGUUCUAUAAGCUGCCGGAGAAUGAGAGUUUGUCCACGGUGAUGGGGAUUCUCGGUUCGGGUGUCCAUCGUGUAGCGAUAACAAACGAAGAGAUGACCAAAGUUAAAGGUAUUUUGUCCCAACGUCGUUUGAUAAAGUAUCUUUGGGACAACGCUAGAUCUUUUACAAGCUUAGAACCUCUAUUAAACUCCUCAUUACAAGAUUUGCACAUCGGUGUUCUCAAUAUUCAAUCUAAGCCAACUUCAAGACAAUCCCGUGUCAUCUCUAUUCAAGGCGAGGAGCCCUUAAUCAUGGGCCUUUAUAAAAUGCAUGUGGAAAGAAUUUCUUCCAUUGCAGUCAUCGACAAACAAGGUAAUUUGCUAGGUAACAUAUCGGUAACGGACGUAAAACAUGUCACAAGAACCUCCCAAUACCCCUUACUACAUAAGACAUGUCGCCAUUUCAUUUCUGUCAUUUUAAACUCCAGAGGAUUAGAAACGGGUAAAGAUUCUUUCCCCAUUUUUCACGUAUACCCCAGUAGUUCACUAGCAAGGACUCUUGCCAAGUUAGUUGCUACAAAGUCUCAUAGACUAUGGAUCGUACAACCGCCGGAGUCGUCAACCUCGGCGUCAUCCACAAAUUUAACAGCUGCUAAUACUGCAGCCAAUGCAGUUUCUGCCACCGCUCAAUCGUCUGCUAAUGGUGCGACUCCAAUGUCAAAGUCAUCCUCUUCAACAUCCCUCAACUCCCACUCUCCGUUGAUGACAGCAAUGGAAGACCCACCAUCCCCACGUUCUUCGGCCAUCGCGAUCCCACCACCAAGUCCCGCUUCCUCAACAAACACACCAAACCUAUUCGAAAAGGAAUAUAGAACGGGUAAGUUGAUCGGUGUGGUCUCAUUGACAGACAUCAUCAACUUAUUAGCAAGGAAACAAACAGGGAAUAAAGAAGUGGAUCCGCAAUCCGCAAGAAGACAGAGAGGCAGUAUCGCCAUGUGA